AUGUCUGCUAUGCGGAUAUUCAACCGUAUGGCAAGAAUUCUUCCUCUUCGACCUGUUGGAAUGAUUCCAUUACGCUGUAAGUACACCCAACAUCAAGGAGUUAAGGGCAUUCGCAAUAGGAAAAGCUUCUUCGAGGCCCAAAUUCAAGCUGGUCACAGAAGUGAGGAUAGUGAGAAUUUGGAGCAAGAGGAGCGGCCUUGCAUUGGUGAUAUGUCCGAUAUGAGGUUCUUAGAUGAUCGAGCCUAUGAUGAGGUUGCUGGAGGAGCUAUGCGAAUCACCCGUGAUAUCACCAGUUCCCAGCAAGUACUCAUCCUCCAGCCAUAUGUGAAGUGGGCUGCAAAGCGCCAGAGUACACCCGUUGAUGUCCGGCCGGAGGAUCAACUCGCGGAGGCCUCUGCUCUUAUCCACUCACUUCCCAAUUGGCAGGUGGCCAGGGGCUUAAAAGUUCCGCUGGAAAGCCUCGAGAAGAAAACUCUUUUUGGCAGCGGAAAGCUGGCGGAACUCAAGGAGCUGGUCGCUGAACUGCGUACAGAACGACAACUCACUUGCUUGUUCGUCAGCAAGGGCACGCUAUCUUUCGCUCAGAAGCGUUUUCUUGAGGCGGAGUUUCGUCUGCCAGUUAUGGAUCGCUACUCGGUGGUUAUACAGAUCUUAAGGCUACAUGCCACCAGUGCUGAAGCAAAGAUACAGGUAGCCAUGGCUGAGCUCCCUUAUAUUUGGGCCCAGGCCAAAGAUGCUAGUGUCACACAGACGCGUCGUCAGGGAUACGCUUUGACUGAUCUACAGAAGGAGAUUCUCCGCACAAGGGAGCGGAAACUGCGUGCGGAGUUGGAUCGUGUUCGCCGACAGAGGCAGUUGCUCAGACAGAAACGGAAGCAACAAAAUUAUCCCAUUGUGGCCGUGGUGGGUUACACAAAUGCUGGCAAAACAUCCUUGAUCAAGGCCCUAACUGUUGAGGAUGCACUGCAGCCCAGGAAUCAGUUGUUUGCAACGCUCGAUGUGACGGCUCAUGCAGGUUGUUUACCGUGUAAUCUGGAGGUCAUUUAUAUGGACACCGUAGGCUUUAUGUCUGAUUUGCCAACAGGACUUUUUGAGUGUUUUGUUGCAACUUUAGAGGAUGCCAUGUUGGCGGAUGUAAUAGUUCACGUUCAAGACCUCUCCCAUCCAUGCCACGAUGCCCAACGCACUCAUGUUGAGGCCACGCUCCGAUCUCUGGCCUUUAAUGUCGCUGGAGGGGACUCCACAGCCAGCCAACUUCCGCCAAUCAUUAAUGUGUACAAUAAAUGUGAUUUGGUAACCUCCGAAGCGCAAUCAGCCUUAGAUCCCGUGCACCGUAUAUCAGCCCGAUUACAAAGUGGUUUGGAACCCCUGCUGGAGGAUAUUGAGCAACAGAUUCUGACCGCCACUGGGCGAAGAAAACUCCAAAUGAGAGUGCCCAGCGGUGGACCCGAAAUGGCCUGGCUAUACAAAAAUGCAGCUGUGGUAGAAACGAAAGCUGAUGAGAAAAAUCCCGAACGUCUGAUGAUGCACGUGGUCAUUAGUCAACGCACCCUGGAUCAGUUCAAACGAGAGUUUUGUCGGUGACCCCAAAUCUUAGGAAUUGAAAGUCUCAUGGAAUCAAGUUUCUGAGGCGCAACUGGCACCGACUAAUUGUUUAUUAUUGCUCUCAUUUUUGUUGGUUUUGUUAUUAGCGGGUGUAGUUAGGAUUGGUGUUGUUUUCUUGUUUUAAAUUCUAUAUAAAUAUAAAAGUAUCUACCACAAAAAUAAAACGAAACAAUCUCUAAAAAUACCAUUGAACAGAAUAUUUGUAUUGCACUUCGCUGCUAACAUAUUUGUGCUGUGGUUUCCUUUAGGAAUAAUCGGACCUGAACCUUCAAGAGAUCAGGUUUCGAAUCAACCGUAGUUUAUUAUUAUUAGCUAGAGGCAAUAUUUAUGGCUUGCCUUUAUAUAUAUUGAUUUUGUGGGGUGCGGACAUUUGUAUUGGCACAAUUGAAUAUUUCAAAAUUAUACAGAACUGAUGAACAUAACCAACUUAAGCAUAUAAACGGAAACAAACUUAACACCAGCUUAGAAUAACAAAAACUUAUGCGAGAAAACAUCUUAAAUAUAGGGAAAUGCAUUCAUGAAUAUCUUGAAGAAAUAAAUUUGAUCAAAGAAUUGGUUUUCUCAUCGUGUGUAUUGUAAAGAACCAUCAGCCAUAAGGUGAGCCUACAAACUAGACGUUUUAUGAAAAUUUAAGUUAUCACUCAUUUGGAAUAAAAUAAUAUUUGAGCUUAACUAUUUGCGCUUUGAAAAAAUCUUGAAAGUGUGCUUGUUUUUGUUACGUUUUGUUGGGCAACAUUUCUAUGAAUUCCUUGGCUAAAAAAUAUAUGGAAUAUAUAUUUCGAUGGGAUCUACCAAUAACCAGUGUAUCUAUACAAAAAGUUUUGAUCAAAAUUCGAUAUUUUGUAAUUGUAUGUUUUGGCGGUUUUUGUGAAUUUCAUUUGUUUUUUGUUUUAUGGCAAAUCGGACAUAAAAUAUCAGUUUUUUUGCUUAAAGAUUCUCUAAGCACACAGAUACAUACACACCAAAGGAUGGAUCGAUUUUUGUUUUUGAAAGAAUCGUAGGCAACCUUAUCAGAACAUCUAUAAUUCUUAUUAAAAUAUUAAAAUUAAAUUAUUUAAUUAAUAUUAAUUAAAUCGAAAGA